AUGUUAACGGUGGCGUUGCCUGGUUCAUUGCAUCCUGGUAAUAGAGACGCAUUGUCGUGGAAUGAAAAAGGUCUGUUGGUGUAUGGAGCUCAUUGUACGGUUGUGAUAAUUGAUGUAAUUCGUAAUAAAAUUAUCCAGACUCUCGAGCGACAUACUUCAGCUAUUACACAUAUUUGCUGCUCAUCAGAGGAAGAAAUAGGCUUUUCAGCAGAAGUACGAUUGCGGUGCGCAUCUGCUGAUGUAAGCGGUACAGUAGUUGUAUGGGAUAUUGUAGAAGGUAUCGAACUGUCAUCUUUUUCUGUUCCGAAUAGUGCAGUUUUGAGUCUUGCUUGGUUUCCUUGGGAAGAUACAAGUCGUGAUUUUCUUCUGGUAUUACAUUCUCCUAAUAAUUUAAUUCUGUGGAAUAUAGUGACGGGAGAUCGAAUUUGGAAUGUCACAUAUCUACAAGCCUUCAGCGGUUUUUCUAUUGAUCCAUUCGAUUCACGUAACAUAACUUUUAGUCUAGUCGAUGUUGGUUCUUUAAUGUUCAUUGGCAAUGUUUUGCUUCAUAAAGCUCCAUCAGGAAUAGGUACCUCGUUAUUGAUAUUCGGUACCGUAUCGACUGCAAUGCCAAUUAUGCAAGUUGAAUAUCACAAUGCUUUUCCAAAUAUCCUUUUUGCAGCAACUCAAAAUGAGAUAGCAUGUGUUGAGCUGGAAUGUCGUUGCAUUAUUUGGCGGUACUUAUGUCAUGCACCGUUACUGCGCCUGAUGACUUGUAGUGAACGUGAUAUUUUCGUAACUGUGCAUUCCAAUGGUAUCAUUGAAUGGAGAUCUUGCGCAAUAAUGAGGGAUGAAAAGGGUAGAACGACACUGAAUUAUGAGUUGCUGUAUUCGGGUGAAACACAACGACAAACACAUCACUGUCGAAUAUCCGCUGCAGCAUUGUGCCCUAUCACACAAACCACUGUUGCUUUAUUAUAUAAUUCAGGGAAUAUUUCAGUUUAUCAGUUAAGUCUAAAAGAAGACGAUAUGGUACUGCCCUAUCGGGCAAGCUAUAUCACGAAUAUAAUUAGCGUAGAUGAAGAUUUGUGCUGUUCAGUAAAUGGUCACUUGAAGAUGUCGAAUAUAGCACAGAUGUUUUCACUGGGUCAGGGAGUAACGACGGUACGGAUGCAACUGGAGCAUGUUAAAAAAAAUAGUAAAAUAACGCAUUUAACUGCUCUGGGAAAUAAUCAAGGAAUUGUACGAUUGAUAGACAUUUCAACAGGAAUAAUUUUCCGAGAACUGCAUAUUCAUACGUGUCCUAUUAAAUGCAUAGAUUGGUGUGGACCACAUAAACUUAUUUCGGCCGCAUAUGUUCACUCUUUGAGCACUUCAUCACUAGUCCGAAAUGAUAUUUUUAUUACGGAUAUUCGAACAGGUGAAAGUAAGAGAUUGCGACCAGAGGUGGAGGAAACACCGGUGGAAAUGUUGCGAGUAUCGUUCUACCAUUGCUAUGUUGCAAUUGGCUUCCGUAAUGAACCGCUGGAGAUUUGGCAUCUGAAAUCGAUGCGUUUGUUAAGAAGAAUGUCCCGAUCAUGCCCUAUUAUUGUUGACAUGGCUUGGUCGGGAAAGCACCAUGCGGCGAAACAAAUAUCACAUGGAGAUGAGCCUGUUUUUCGAGAAAAUCUUGUUAUUUUAGAUGAGGAAUGCCAUCUGUACCAUGUAGUGGUGAAAGGUUUACAUGUAAGAGAUGGAAAGGAAGUGAAUUCUGAGUGGAAAAGUGGUGCGGCAGUGAAAUGUUUGGUAUGGAAAGAUGACUUAUUGGCAAUGGGUGACGCUUGGGGACGUUUAGGUGUGUGGGAUUUAGGGCGGCGACAGUGCCGUCAAACACGUGGCACUACUAGAGGACCAAUUCUGAAACUUGUUUUUUCACGAAUUCCCGGUGAUCAUACGCUUGCAGUGCUGCACCGACAUACCGUUGUUUUAUGGGAUUCCGAACAGCUUACCGUACUUCAGCAGUGCAAUAGUAUUAGUACUUCGGUUUCAUUCUUGGAUAUGGAUUUGCAUGGCAUAUGUCCGCUACUAGUUUGUUCAGAUAAUUUAUUUCGUUGUAUAUCGUUUGUUUCUUCAGAAGUUCGUCAUCAUUCAGAUCUUCCUCUAUUGCUUGAAGUUGAUUCUUCGCAGAUGUUGACAACAGUUUCAAGUGAUGACUCAAAAAUUAUAUUCUUGCACGGACUUUUAAAAUUAAAUGAUAGGAUUCUAUAUGAUUGUGAUAGUGUUCAUCGAUAUCCUGUGGUACAUCGACUUUUUGGCGAACGAUGGUUGUAUGAUCUGUGGUCGGUGGUGAUCUCUACACUUCAGGGUACAUCACUUUCGUCACGACUGCAAAUAUUUUGGAGCCCAUCACAUUUAAAACGAAGAGCUGAGCAGCUUCUUGCGUGUCUGAUGAGUUUAUCCGAUUUGAAUUCUGCCCAAGUUGAUACUUUGGUCCAUCUUGCAGUUGUUCUGCAAAAGAUUUUGACAAAUUUUGCAAGAAAUUUGUAUCUUUUCAAGCGUGAUUGGGCGAUGCAGUUGUUACUUGCUUCACAUGAAGAAUGUCGUACUAGCGCCUUGCGAGCUUGUCUUCUUGCUUCGAAUGUUUCUUCGGAAGCAGCUCAAAGUAUUAUCAAACUUGUUGCAACCAAUCUUAUUGCAAACGAAUGUAUGACAGAUGGCGUACAAAUGUUAUUUUUGAUUGGUCAUGGUGAUGAUGGUUGUCGCUAUCUGCAGGCUCAUGGCUUCUGGAGCAAAAGUUUUCAUUUCGCUAAACUUGGUCUCGAUGAUUGGAAAGAUGUUGGGAGCAAAUGGGUUGAACAUUUAGCAACAUCAAAAUCACAGAAGGCAACUGCGAAUAUCGGAGAUUGGAACCGAUUGACGACGCUUUUAACACAGAAUUCGAAGAUAGCAGUUGCACAACGUUUACUUAAAACAGUAGAGGCUCAAUCUAUUUUUGUCGCAUAUUAUCCACCCGCAGAAUCAACGGAUGAGAUUCAAAAGGAUAUACAUCUAGCCUCCGAUCCGUAA